UCUACCCUUUUCUGAAGAAAAGAAUUUUUUCCUUUAUUUAUUUUUUAUACCCCCUCCGGUUGAUUGAGGGGAGGCCUGUGCCUAGCAGUGAGACGUAUUAAGCUAUUUAUGUUACGUUUACGUUAUUUAUUAUACACACGGAAUCGCUAAACUAAAAUGGUUUGUUUCGACACUAGGCUUCCUAGCAUUACCUUCCCCUAUACCUAUAUGCAUUUCAUUUCAUCAUCACAAUUUUGUUGCAGUAAAAUACAUAACGCUCAGGAAAAAUGGAAAAAUAUACUUAGUGAAAGACGGAUACACGUACAAUCAUCAGUUGGUCGUUCUGGGGACGUGCUUCUGGUGGAAACAGGUCGUGGCUGCACCCUCAUCCACGAUGGUUACCACUACCAUCGACACAGGGAAUACCCCAGUGGCAGAGGAAGCUACUGGCGAUGUGCCGCCAGGAAGAGAAAUAAGUGCCACGGCACGUUGUCACUGAAAGAUGGAAUAGCAACAAAGCUCAAAGAGCACCUCUCGACUUGUGAAAGAAACUUAAAAGAAACUUCUUUUCAAACUGCAAUUAAACUAUAAAUUAACCUAUUCUACUUAUAUUGUUAAAUAAAAGAUUAUCGUUUAGUUACCAGUUUGUUUCUAGAUCUGUAUAUUAAGAUGUGUACAUAAUAAGUUCAGUAAUUAAUAUUUAAAGUGGAAUUUUAUUUUAUUUAUUUGAUUGUGUGAAUAAUUUAACGCAA